UGCCCGCGUCGGGCGCGCCCUGGCCCGCGCCCCGCCGCCGUCCCCCGGCCCCCGCGUCGCCCCACAGCCCGGGCCGCACUGCGCGCCGCCCGCAGCGGCCCUGAACCCCUAUCCCCGCACGCUGCCUGGGAACCGAAGCGCAGAAGGGCGCGCGCCUGGAAGCGAGACCCAGAGAAGGAGCGGGAAGCAGAGCGCAGCCGCCGCCGCCGGGCCCUGCGCGCCCCGGGAGCGCAGCGCGGCCCUGCCCGCGGGCUCCGGGUGUCCGCGGGGCGGCGCCGCGGAACAUGACGGCGCCCUGGGCGGCCCUCGCCCUUCUCUGGGGAUCGCUCUGCGCCGGUUCCGGGCGCGGGGAGGCCGAGACUCGGGAGUGCAUCUACUACAACGCCAACUGGGAGCUGGAGCGCACCAACCAGAGCGGCCUGGAGCGCUGCGAGGGCGAACAGGACAAGCGGCUGCACUGCUACGCCUCCUGGCGCAACAGCUCGGGUACCAUAGAGCUGGUGAAGAAGGGCUGCUGGCUGGAUGACUUUAAUUGCUACGACAGGCAGGAGUGUGUGGCCACCGAGGAGAACCCUCAGGUGUACUUCUGCUGCUGUGAAGGCAACUUCUGCAACGAGCGCUUCACCCACUUGCCGGAGCCUGGGGGCCCAGAAGUCACGUACGAGCCACCCCCGACAGCCCCCACCCUGCUCACGGUGCUGGCCUAUUCGCUGCUGCCCAUUGGGGGCCUCUCUCUCAUCGUGCUGCUGGCCUUCUGGAUGUAUCGACAUCGCAAGCCUCCCUACGGCCACGUGGACAUCCAUGAGGUGCGACGGUGCCAGCGAGGGGCGGGGCGGGGAGCAAGGAAGGGUGGCGUCGCAGACUCCUUUACACCCUUGCUCUCCCAGGACCCUGGGCCUCCACCUCCAUCUCCUCUGGUGGGCCUGAAGCCGCUCCAGCUGCUGGAGAUCAAGGCUCGGGGCCGCUUUGGCUGCGUUUGGAAGGCUCAGCUCAUGAAUGACUUUGUCGCUGUGAAGAUCUUCCCGCUGCAGGACAAGCAGUCUUGGCAGAGCGAACGGGAGAUCUUCAGCACGCCUGGCAUGAGACACGAGAACCUGUUGCAGUUCAUUGCUGCUGAGAAGCGAGGCUCCAGCCUGGAGGUGGAGCUGUGGCUGAUCACAGCCUUCCAUGACAAGGGCUCCCUCACGGAUUACCUCAAGGGGAAUAUCAUCACGUGGAAUGAACUGUGUCAUGUGGCAGAGACGAUGUCACGAGGCCUCUCCUACCUGCACGAAGAUGUGCCCUGGUGCCGUGGCGAGGGCCACAAGCCGUCCAUCGCCCACAGGGACUUCAAAAGCAAGAAUGUACUGCUGAAGAGUGACCUCACCGCUGUGCUGGCUGACUUUGGCCUGGCAGUUCGGUUUGAGCCAGGGAAGCCUCCAGGGGACACCCAUGGACAGGUUGGCACCAGACGGUACAUGGCCCCCGAGGUGCUGGAGGGGGCCAUCAACUUCCAGAGGGACGCCUUCCUGCGCAUCGACAUGUACGCCAUGGGGCUGGUGCUAUGGGAGCUGGUGUCUCGGUGCAAGGCUGCGGAUGGGCCUGUGGAUGAGUACAUGCUGCCCUUUGAGGAGGAGAUUGGACAACACCCUUCCCUGGAGGAGCUGCAGGAGGUGGUUGUCCACAAGAAGAUGAGGCCCACCAUUAAGGAUCACUGGCUGAAGCACCCGGGCCUGGCCCAGCUCUGUGUGACCAUUGAGGAGUGCUGGGACCACGAUGCAGAGGCUCGCCUUUCCGCAGGAUGCGUGGAGGAGCGGGUGUCCCUGAUCAGGAGGUCGGUCAACGGCACUACCUCGGACUGUCUAGUCUCUCUGGUGACCUCCGUCACCAACGUGGACCUGCUCCCUAAAGAGUCCAGCAUCUGAGCCCAGGACAUAGUGUCUCUCCAGACUCAGUGGAUCUGAAGAAAAAAAGGAAAAAAGUUGUGUUUUGUUUUGGAAACCCCAUAAAACCAACAAACACAUAAAAUGCAGCUGCUAUUUUACCUUGACUUUUAUUAUUAUUAUAAUUAUUAUAAUUAUUAUUAAUAAUAUUAUUUUUGGAUUGGAUCAGUUUUUACCAGCAUAUUGUUCUACUGUAUCGCAAACAGCGGACAUGUCAGCAGGCGUUGAGGUGCUGAGCUGUGAACGCAGAACCAGCGCCAUGCUGAAGAGCCUCAGCCACCUCCUGCCCUCCGGGAUUCAUUUCCUCUUUGUCGUCUCAGAAUCUGUCACACAAAGAAACCCAUCUCCUGUCUUAGGAAACUCAAUGCUGCAAUUCUCUACUAGAGGAACCUUUGAAGACUGUUACACGAACAUACCCUUCCUCAGAAGAGGGUUUCCCCCACCCCUUUAUUUUGCGUUUCUCCCUUUUCAGGCAGUGAGCUGAAGAAACAGUGGACCUGUCUUCGUGGGUCUCACGGGUGUCAUCCUGACCUGACUGAGGGAACUCAGAUGAGGACGGUUUAGACUGACGGUGGAAGGGAGGAUGGGUCUGGGUAGGGUGCAGAGCAGAGCUACACUGGACUUGGGCACAUUUGGAGCAGCACCCUUGGCUAUGAAGGCUACUUUCUCAGGUAACAAGGGAUCGAGGGCAAGGACCUGGUAGAGUCCCACAGUAAUGCUAGCGAGCACAGGGUUUGGAGGGGGUCGGGGAGCCAGGCCUGGCUGCCCCUCCUGCCCAGUUUCUUCCCACUGACUGGGGCGUGGCCGUAGGAGGAGACACUACCUUGCUCAUGUGUUAGGACUAGGUGAGGGAGUGACAGUUUUGUAGACAUUCUUCAUUAGACAUGAUGCUGUAGAUGUCUUUUGUGGAGGAAAUGCCAAGCUGCAUUGUCCUCUUGGCGGUUUGGGGAGGUGCCUGCGGUGCCCCUGCACAGCGUGGGCGGGCCGGAGGACCCCUGGUUGGGGACCUCCCUGGCCUGCAGCUCUGGCCUGGCCCCAUGCAGCGGCAUUACCAACUUUUUUUCUGAGUCUCGUGGACACGGCUUUCUCCAGACCCUUUAAAGUGGUGCAUAUUAUAAAACUGUUUCUAUUACGUACGCCAUAACCUUGCUCCAGGCGGUGAAUGUUCCUAAUGCUGCUGUUUCAACAAAGGAAUUUUUUUUCUUUUUAAUUUAUGAAACACACUAAAUUUUUUUUCCAGACAGAACACACACAUCCAUAUAUAUAUAUAAACACAUGCUUUGCUGUGUGGCUUCCGAGAUUUAGAUUUUAAAAAGUAAAAGAAGUAACUUCACGACCACAGACCACCUCAAACCAGAAAUACCUCAGAAUUUUCUACUUGUGUAUGUUUUAUUAAUUAUAUAUUUUGUUAGUUGUGUUGUCUUGUAGGAAGUAUAUUUUAAUGUAAGUUGGGUUUUAUGACAAGGAAGUUUAAAGAAGUAGAGAAAAAGAAAACAAGUUUGUAUCUUCUAGUCAGCCCUACCUUUUUGUUUGGUAAAAGCUCCCUUGUAAAUAUUUGUCACCAGCUGUAGGUCGGCUGUCUGGGCCCUGGCCAUUCAUCACUCUGGUUUAGACCGUAUUGCUUAAACAGCACAUCUCUUGAUCUUGAGGGUAGGCCACUUCCUCCCGGAUUGCUUAGAGGUCAGGCGUUGUCCCGUGGGUCUGCUGGGUAGUACUCAGAAUGACACCCCCACUUUGACCUGGCAGUACUAUGGUCCUCAGGCCCAUGCUAGGUAACUUUACUUGAGAUUGAAUUCCUUCGGCAGCAGGUGAGUUCCAUCACCAUGCUGUGACGUCUGGGAGGGUACAGCUCACAGCUGCUCCCCUUGGCAUGCUGUGUGUGGUGCCCGGGGCAGCCCUGGGGCUUGCUCUCUUCUGUGGAUGUUUGUGCGCAGGGUGUUGGGGAAGGCAGCUGGCUUCCCUCUCAGACCUUAGUCCUUUUUUCCGUGGUCAGUGUGAGCUGGCCAAAUAGUUAGGAGACAUGUCCUCUGUGUCUGUAAGCUCCGUGUCCUUUCCUCCCCCAUUUGAUUUUGUGCUGUGGUAUUUUCUUCUCUCACAGUACUUCUCACUGCAAAACAAAUCUUACAGCAGUUGCUUUUCUUUUCCACUUAUUUCUUUAAGAAGCUUUAACUAUUUAUUGAGAAGUGCCAUAUCUACUUUCUUUAGCUUUUUCCUCAGGCAGUGGGGACACCUCUACUUUUGACCCUUAACCAACCAACCAACCAACCACUAGGAAAUGUAGCUGCUUCGCUGCAGGAGUGAUCCAGUCACCAGUCACGUGCUGUGCCAAACUGAGCUUUCCUGUGUGGGCUUGCCACUCUGGGUGGUUUUCCUCUUGUGUGCUGAGCUCCGGUAUGGGCCAUCCAGUCAGGACACACUGCAGGCUGGGCAGGCCAGGCACCUUUUCUGGUGGUGGCUUCCCUCUUUGCUUCCCUGUGUCCAGCCACAUGGUGACCUUGUCAGAUCUGGUCAGAAUGGAGUGUCAAGAGGUGAUAGAUACUGUUUCCUGUGGCCAGGCAGAGGGAGAGUCUGGGUGGUGGGGCUGUGGACCGCCUCUUGACUUCAGGUAACACACCCAGCUGCUCAGAGCUGCAAAGUGGUGACAUCCCAGGGUGUGGCCUGGAAACGUGGGUGGGCCUUGUUCUUUUUUUUUGUUUCACCUUGUGCCCCCUUGAGUCCUGGGACCUCUGCCUUGCACUUUCCUGCAGAUUUCUUGUCACUUUCUUUCUAUUCCCCUCUCCCCUGAAGGCGGGUGUCCCUGUGGAUGGAAAAGGAUGAGACAAGUCAGGGGAGGGAAAUACCUUGAGGUGCUGUCUCCUUCCUUCACUGCAUGUUGUUGGGGUCCAAACAGGCUCCUGUGGCAAUGGGCUUUGGCAGAGAAUGUUUUGGUUAAAAAUACCUGUGAUACCUCUGUUGUCAGAGUUUUCUGUGAAUAACUCAGAGAAGGGGAUGGUGAGGAAGGCUGUGAACAGUCAGUAGCAUGUGGGCUAGCAUGGGCUGGCCUGGUGUGAAGGAAAGUGCUGGGCCUUCUACUUCACACCCACAGCCAAGGGCAGACCUUUUCCUCAUCACUGGGCUACCAGGCUUGCUGGGCUGGCCUUCUUGACAAGGCUUGAGCUUCUAUGACAGAGUGUGGUCCUUUCAGUCUGCCUUGUCCUCCUUCCCUGGAGCUGGGCAUACCCUUGACCUCCUCUGUCUUGCUACUCUGUCCUAGGGCUUGGACUGUGGGAAGGAUUUUUCUUGGUGGCCGGCCUACAUAUAUAUUUAAUUGUCGUUGUCGGGCUCAGAAAGCUUGUGGAGUGGUGGUUCCUACACUCAGCCACUGAGGCAAAGUGACUGUCCCACCCAGAGGUAGAAGGCUGGCUGGCUCUCACACAUGGAAUUUUACCUUUUUAGUGUGUGAGGUCCCUGGUGCAAACUGGUGAACAGGAGAAUGUCCUGUUUGUUUUCCCUAAAUAGUGAAUACAGUAAAAGCUUACUGUACUGUAAGCUGAAUCCCUGCCGUUGCCCUCAAGAACUUGGAUCAUUAGUUGCAACCCAGAAUCAGAAAGCAGUUUCCGGUUCGCCCAGCUUCAGCCAGCACCAGCUGUUCCAUCCUUCUGGGCUUUUGGUGACACAUUGACACAUUGGUCCGCGUUUUAGGAGCAGUAGAUGACACCUUUCCCGGAAGUGUGGUGUACCCAUCCGCUCACCAACUGGGAAACAGCCAGAAAGGGAUGGUGUCAAGGUGUUGCUUUCUCUGAGCUUGGGAGACUGGAAUGCUCCUUCAUCCCUGGCUGUUUGUAAAGGCUAAAUGGAGAAGUACCAGCAGCUGCCUUCCUUGGUCUGGUCAUGAGUUUAAAUUGCAGCUAACAUUGUUUCAGAUCAUCUAGCGAGCGCUUCAUGGUCUGGAUGCCAAACUUCCAUGUAUUCAACACUAAACACCUAGCUCUUCAUGCAUGGCUCUGGGGAGCUGACUUGUAGGCAGUAGUCCUCCUGUGACUGUCUCCAGACCUUGAGGAGGUUUAAGAAAAUGUUUUGAGAUUCUGAUUUAGUUUUAUAGGAAGAUGAUGUUUAAAACACCCCCUUGAGAAUCAACUAGUUGAUUCAACCACAUUAAAAAGAAAACGUUCAAAAGACCCAUAAACUAUCAAUAAAUAAGCCCAAGUUCUUCGGUGGGCUAUUUGGGAUAUUGCUACUUGGACCUAGUUGUAAUUACUGUAAACUACUCUCAGACUGACAAUUUGAAUUGAGAUCAGGAAUGUCUACAUCUUUUUUUCCCCCCCUGAACCAAAUCGUAGCAUUUUCAUGCUGGCAUCUCCCAGUGUGAAGGAAGCCAGACUGAAUUUGUGGUACUCUGUGUAUCUCCUUAGUGCCCUGAUACCUGGCAGCACCUGGCGGUGAUUUCCCUCAAGAGUUAAGAUUCAUGUUCCCCGAAUGCCAGUGUGGGCCUGUGGGCUCUGCGCUAGCCCGUUGUUCUCCAGUGUCGGCUGUCCAGGCUGAGCGGUGUGUGCAGCCAUACCGGUGCAUGUGGUAUACCGCUCAGACCACAUACUCUCCAGGGUGCUCUGGACACGUGAGCGCUAACGCGUCCUUUUUCAGACUUUGUCUCCGAGUUUACAGUUGGAAGAAGUGUGACCCAUUAGGUUUUUUUUUUUUGGCAAGUGAAGGUGGGUUUUUGUGAAUGAGCAAAUGCUGCCUCCAGUCCGGGAGCACCCGCCUUUGCUGCCCGGGCCAUUCCCUUACCCUGAUCAGUGUUGUUAGAUAGCGUUGUAAAUACAAAGAGUAGGGUACGUACAGACGCCACUUGAAAUUCUACUUUAAGAAGUCUAUAGCUCCACACAUAUAUUUAGUUAUAUCUCUUGACAGAUUGUGUCCACACAGUGUGGAGAUUCUUUUAUACCACAGAUUAUUUUUAUAAACUAGUGAGUUGGAGUGAGAAUGCAUCUUAAUCCAAGCCAAUGAGCUUUCCUUUCAGGAUUAUGUGCACACUGGAGCGGGUGCUGGGAGCUUAGCUUGGCGCCUGCAUGGGUUCCUGAACACGCUGGCAGCCUGGAGUCGGCUUGCGGGUCCCUCUGGCCCAAGCUCCACUGGCAGGGCAGUGAUGUCUCCGCCCUGCUCCCUGCCUGUGGAGAGGACAGUGGCUGGGCGAGGCAAGGGGUCCUGUAGCGGGUUUGAUUUCUGCUGAACGAAGGGUUCUGAGGUUGAAAGUCUAUCAGCUCCUUUCAUAGGAGGUAGCCACGUGAGUGGGUUAGGAAGCGGUAGGACGGUAGUCAGUAGGAGAAAUGUCUAGAGAAAGACCUGGGUACAGAAAGCACUGAAAUGGGGCUUGGUGGCUUGAGUCCACUAACCAGAACUUUCUAGGACCAAACUAAUUCUUUGGAAACAGUGAGGCAUGUGGAUAUGAUGGAAUUACGUGGAGAGUGCUGGGCACAUUUUGCCCCCUUGGUCAGGGUCAUCCCAGAGGCUGCUUUCUUCUCUAACUGCUAAGUCGGUCAGGAAGCAGUGGAGGAAAGUUCCGGAACCCCAGUCCCACAGAAGGGUAUUCAAAUGCCUGUGGAGGGUUUUUGUAAAGGCCAAGGCAGCCUUCAUCUCACCCUUUUGAUUUUGGGGAGAGAGCAGAUGCUUGCUUGGCUGGGACUUGGCAUGCUGGUAUGGGGAGGUGGGUAACUCAGUUAGACCCUGUUGUCACAGCGGUCCGUCCAGAUGAAGGCCUGGUUCGUCCAGAUGAAGGCCUGUCCCGCACCCUUCCCGCUGGCUCUGGCCUGCUGCUCAUGGAACCUCACGGGGUGGGGGUGGGGGUGUCUGCCAGGAGAGCAGAGUGUGCUUUCCCACCAGCUGUGCGCUCUCUUCACUCUGGUUUAGAACGCUGUUUUACAUGCUGUCCCCUUGCUGCUUGGGACACUGAGCUCGGGAUCCAGCUGCACCCUGCAAGCCCCCUUCAACUUCUGUUCCCCAUAGAAGAACAUCCCUGUUCCCCAGCCGCCUGUCUUGGAAUGUACUUCUGUUGUGCCUUUGUUUUUGUCAGCCACCCCUCAAAAGCAACUGCUGUAAGCUUUUUUUCUACUUGUCUUUUCUAGCCCCCAUCCUUUCCCCAUCUCCCCUUUUCCAGCCCCAAUUUCUGGAUGCACUUGUGUGAUCCAGGUACUUUAAGAACCGGUUACCUCAGACCUCAUGUUGGACAGUGUCACCAUCUGGGCCCUUGUGACCCUGCAGACUCUAACCACACAUGCAGGAAGCCUGCUGAGUGCGGGUGCUGACUUGCUCCUGAGGACGGAACCAGGGGCUCCGGCAAGCCUGUCCUGGCACUGUGGUGGGACUGUCGGGAGUGUCACCCGAAGGUGCUUCCUGUGUCCUGUGCAUUCUGCCGUGUUCAGUAUUCUCAUCCGUCUGAAUAGGUGAAGCGACCUAACUGGCUGGUCUCACAAAUCAGCUCCAAAGAUGAGCUCUUCAUAACACAUUUCCAGUCGCUAGAGCUCAGACAUAGAACAUUCCUUCAAACAGCAGGAUAGAAGCCCCCAUCCACUGCCACAGUGCAUUCUGGGAAAAUGUCUGUAGUAUACAUUGCUGUGGAAUUAGGCCUUGUAGGAUAUGGCUGCUUGUCAUUUUGAUGUAUUUUAAAUAAAUAUAUAUAUAUAUUUUUAAA